CCCAAUAUGCGGAGAAAAUAAAUCUGCAUAGAAGAAAAGAGAAAUACACUAAUUAAGAAGGGAAAGUGUCCUUUUUUUUUUUUUUACAAAACUAAAUGGAAACAUAAUAAACUAAUGUAAGCGGUAACCUGUGGAGGAGUAGGAAGACUCUUCUAAGAAAGGUCUAUUUACUUUAAAAUCUGGUUAUCAUUUCUGAAACAUUAUACCGUAUUAUCUAUUCAAAAAACAUUAAAUGUUUAGAGGGCAGACAAUACACUAAAACAUUAAUAGUGAUUAUCCCGGAAGGGUGGCAGUCAGGUUUUGUUUUCUGCUUCUGUACUUUUACGACCAGAAAAAGGCUGCACUUUUUGGAAAAGAUGUUUGGCGACCUCGGAGAACACCGUCUCUGUGGAGUCGGGAAGGAGGAGGGCCGGGAUGCGAAGGCAACGCUUUGUAGGUGAUCGGAUGGAUUUGUUCCCACAUGGGAGAGACCAGAGCACCGCAUGUUUGUAUACUACCAAGAGGGAAACACGAAAAAAGCAGAGCAUAGAAACGCAAGCACAGGAUGGUGGUGGCCAAGAGGCGCCUGCCUCUAGCGACCUCACUUCCGCGGCCAGUGCGAGAGGCCAGGGAGCUCCAGCUCUGCCUGUAAGGUCUCGGAAGUACGCAGCGGAGAGGACGAAAAACGGAGGGCCAGUCUGUUGGGCUGUAGUAGAGACGAGAAACCAGGAAGAAGAGGCUCACUUUCCACUCAGCGACCGUAACCACCGCAGCGGAAGGCGAGCGCAGACAACAGCACCAGCGGCCCCAGCAAAUCUCGCCCUUUGUCUUGGCGGAAGCCGGAGACGGAAAGACGCGCGCAGCAGGGGCGGGACUGGACUGGAGAGGGGCCCCGCGCGCGGAUCUCGCGAGAGCGUUAGAGGGCGGAAGCGCUAUUCCAGCAGGAUGAGGUUCGUGGUUGCGUUAGUCCUCCUGAGCGUCGCAGUGGAUGGAGCCGCGUCGCUCUCGGACAAGAAAGAAGAAGCUGGAGUUCGGCCUUCUACAGAAAACGUCUCUACUUACCCCACCUUCAGCCAACAGCCUGGAGGCUCUACCAAGUCGGAUCCAGAGCCGCCCACUUCAGUAGACAGCCCUAGCAGGUUGGAUCCAGAGCCGCAGACUUCAAAAGACAGCCCAAGCAGGUCGGAUCCAGAGCCGCAGACUUCAAAAGACAGCCCUAGCAAGUCGGGUGCGGAGGCGCAGACCCCAGAAGACAACCCCAAAAAGUCGGGUGCGGAGGCAAAGACCCAAAAAGACAGCUCUAGCAAGUCAGGUUCGGAGGCUCAGAUCACAAAAGACAGCUCCAGCAAGUCGGGUGCGGAGGCAAAGACCCAAAAAGACAGCCCUAGCAAGUCGGGUUCGGAGGCGCAGACCACGAAAGACAGCACUAGCAAAUCGGGUGCGGAGGCGCCGACCACAAAAGACGUCCCUAAUAAGUCGGGUGCCGACGGCUGUAGCAAGUCGGGUGCGGAGGAUCAGAUCCCAAAAGACGUCCCUAACAAGUCAGGUGCGGAGAAGCAGACUCCAAAAGAUGCCGCUAACAAGUCCGGUGCAGAGGAGCAGGGCCCAAUAGACGGGUCUAGCAAGUCAGAUGCGGAGGAGCAGACCCCAAAAGACGGCCCUAGCAAGGUGGUUCCAGAGCAGCCUUCCAGGAAAGACCAUUCCAAGCCCGUCUCCAACCCUUCUGAUAACAAGGAGCUCCCCAAGGCUGACACAAACCAGUUAGCUGACAAAGGGAAGCUUUCUCCUCAUGCUUUCAAAACCGAAUCUGGGGAGGACACUGACCUCAUUUCUUCCCCGCAGGAGGAAGUUAAGUCUUCAGAGCCUACUGAGGAUGUGGAGCCCAAAGAGGCUGAAGAUGAUGAUACAGGACCCGAGGAGGGCUCACCGCCCAAAGAAGAGAAAGAAAAGAUGUCCGGUUCUGCCUCCAGUGAAAACCGUGAAGGGACACUUUUGGAUUCCAGGGGUAGCGAGAAGGAUGACCGUUAUGGGGAGAGUUCUGGAAAUGCCAGCGCGGAGAGCAGCCACUUCUUUGCAUAUCUGGUGACUGCAGCCAUUCUUGUGGCAGUCCUCUAUAUCGCUCAUCACAACAAGCGGAAGAUCAUUGCUUUUGUCCUGGAAGGAAAAAGAUCUAAAGUCACCCGGCGGCCAAAGGCCAGUGACUACCAACGUUUGGACCAGAAGUAUGUCUUAAUUCUGAAUGUGUUCCCUGCACCUCCUAAAAGAUCUUUUUUUUCUCCCCAAAGUCAUAACAGAAUGGUAUAUUCCUCUGGAAAAAGAUGAACGUCACCAAUGGAUUGUGCUGCUCUCGUUUCAGCUUUGAAUUUUUUGUCCUUGAGAACCUUGUCCUCCCUGCUGAUUUGUUUCUAAAUCAAAAGAAAUGAAGAAAAAAGUACUGUGACCUAAGAGACACCCUCCUCUAGGAUUUAGUGGCAAGUCUGGGCUGGCAGAGGUAGGGGGUUGCUUUGGGGUUUGCACCUGCACUUUGGUGACAUCGUUCUUCUGUGUUCCCCUUAUUUAUGCUGGUGGCUUCCAUCCAUUCCUCCUCUGAGUGUGAGUGGAGGGCCAUGUGGAAACACGGCUAUGACCAAAGGGAUAUCCCAGUCUGGGCAGGUUGCGCUGCUGACCACCCUCCCUUGGGGCCCGGGCUCUGUAGGAAAGUUGGCCCUUGAUUGUGGCAUUGCACUCUCACGGUUUCUCUCUGCAGACCUAGGGGAAAACUGCAGGUAGAAGUGCUUUUCUACUAAGGCCUCUUACUUUUGGGGGGAUGUGCCCUACAGAAGACAUAGAAGAUGGGGAAAUGCCGAUGGGCAAAGAGCUACUUUGAAUACAUAAUUCUCUUCAAAGACUUCAGCAGCAAACCAAAACAGCAGGUUAAAAAAAAAAAUGCUUUUCUGGGUGCAAGUCUAACCUGUCUAGCAUGAGAUCUUCUUGAUUUUCUGAUUAUUUUAUGUAACUUGAAACAAAGUGAAUCAGCUUCCACUUGGUUGUGCCGAGCAUAAAACAGAACUUGGGCUUCCUAAUAGGCCACUGUCCCAUCACAGAUUUUUAAAAUAAAUAUGAUUUGAAAUAGUGUGAUCUUUCACACAAUCAUACUCAGUAGGAACUUUUUGAAAUAGGGCAACUUCAUGUUUCAUGCGAGAAAACAUGAAGGAGGGUUUUGGUUUUGGUCUGCAGUUUUUCCAAAGGGCUUUUAUGAGAUACAUUUCCCACAAAGUCCAUUUGGCCUUUGUUGCCUAAAACAGACAAAAUAGACUUAGAUUUAUUAAUAGAAACUAACUAUACUCUCUGCCCAUUUUUACCUCAGUGUAUUUAAUGGUCCUUUAAUCUGAUAUAAGAUGCCAAGGGUAUUUGAUAAAAAUUAUUCUUCCAUGCCAUGUCAGGAGUUAAUGCAAAUGAAGAGAUUCCGUGGGUUCCCCUGGGAUAAGUGAGGUUAGUGUCUUAGACCACACUAUUGUUUGAAGGUUUAUCUCUUCUAGUCAUGCUCUUCCACUUUGUAGACGGCCUAAAGAGAGUUGUUUUUGAGCUGAUCUCAGGGAAGUACAAAUAACUUGGGAGAUGAGGGACAAAAGAUGAUUCUGUGCUGUCAAGGCAGUAAGUCUGAAGAAAGGACCAUGCUUCUUAUAUUAUCUUCCACUUUGCUUAAAACAGCCCAUAGCUUUGAGUUGACAUUUUCAUUCUUGGCAGGUAGCCUACUUUAUGGAGGUAAGGAAUGAAGACCUACCCUUGGGUCAUUCUCUGUACUGAUGCAUCAGUCUUCUAAUACUUUGCACCAACCUGAGGAAUCUUCUUUUAGGCUCCUCUAGCAUCCCCUAAGACCGUGGCUAUUGCACUUCUCUCUCCCUGCCUGCCUCCCUUAUCCCUGCCUUUCCCCUCCUCGUGUUUUCUGAUUGUGCCCAUCUAUACCAGCUCCUUUCCUUCCACCUUCAUAUGCACCUGGAUUUUUCUGUUCCCAACUGUCCUAUUUGUUAUUCAUCCUGCUACUCAACUUCUCCAGCAUGUUGCUUCCCUUAAGUUGCCAUUCAUUCUCUUCAUGACUUUUACCAACUCACUUCGGUCUCUGUCUGUCAACUAAGCUUUUCUAAAGGUUACCAGUUAUCAGAUUACCAAAUCCAUGGCUUUUUCUCAAAGCUUAGUCUUGUCCUUGAUGGAACUGGACACUGUUGACCAUCCAAAUGGAAAUUCCCCUUUCUUGAUAUCUCUGACAAAUGGUCCUUUGCCUUAUCUUGUGCUGGUGGGAAAGAGGCCCUCAAAGCCAGGCCUCUCUAUUCCUUUGACUGUCUCCUCAGCCAUUCACAUCCAUUCUUCAUCCUUGGAGUGAGUGAUUCCCAAGUCUUUGUCUUGGCUUAGUACCUAAAGAACCCAGUGCUGCUGGUAUCGAAUAGUUCAGCUUGGUUGUCACAGAAAGGAAUUUCUCUCUUCUGCCCAUCAGCCUGCCCCUUCCAACUGUCCAGGUCUGUCUUCAGUCACCUGAAUUCCUAACUGCAGACUUUUGCCCUUUUUCUCUCUCAUCACCAAAGUCCUAUCCGUUUUUUAAAAAAUAAAAGAUCCUUAGCUACAGUCUUUUCGUUUUCCUUGCUUCUCUUGUUGCCCACCCCCAGCCCGUUUUACUUCUCUCUUGGAUUUUCUGUUUUCAGAUCCACAUUUACUGGGUUUCCUGUGCAGCUUCUUGGAAAGAAGUUCAAUCUUGGAAAGACUGAUCUUUCCAAAAUAUUUGCCCUGGUCUGAAGCUUUGGUCUGAACUUCUCGAGGCUUAGAGAAUCCAGUUACAGACUUUUUGGGGUUCAGGAUGCUAUAGAUUGACACCCUCCUGCCUGUCUUUCUCUGCAUCCCAACCUGGCCAAGGUCCCUCCUGUGGGGUGCCCAUCUGUGCCUUUAUUCUGGCUGUGCCCUCGACUUUCCAGCUUCCCAUGGUUCUUUGGUUAGGUUUCUCUUCCUUCUCUUCUUUCUCCUGCCUUCCCCAAUCUGCCUGUUUCUUCAGGGCCCAGCUCGUUUCCUCGUACGCCUUCCUCACUACCCCACCCCACGCUGUCAACUCCUUCCCUCAGCUCCACUAGCUCUUCAUCAUGCCACUCCUUUCAGAACUUCAACAAACCAGGGCGGUCAGGAUCUGAAGUCUUUCUGGUCUCCCCAGGCAAACUAAGCACUUGAGGGACAGCCCUUGGCAACGCUUUCCUGUCUGCUGAGCAUGGUGACCUUCCUUAGGACUUCCAGAGUUCAGUUCCUUCUGGCAGAUAUGUUUUCUUUUUCCAUGCCAUAUGGAUGUGACUCAAAUGUGGGGUCCCACAGCUUUUCCUGGCUACCACUUGCUGUGACCUUAUACAUGUUGGGUUUUGCUCUUGAAGAGGAGAGCAGGAAGAAAGGUUGGUUUCAGAAACCAAGAGGGAUGGCAGUGGACGAGUACAUUUUGUCACGGAGUCCACAGAGCUGAGCUUUUGAGCAGACUCUGAGAAGUAUCAUUGCUUGUGUUGAAAGAAUACAACAGGAUUUAAGUUUCUCUUUAGAAAUUGCACUGAAGAAAGGCAGGGCGCGGUGGCUCACCCCUGUAAUCCCAGCACUUUGGGAGGCCGAGGUGGGCGGAUCACGAGGUCAAGAGAUCGAGACCAUCCUGGCCAACAUGGUGAAACCUCGUCUCUAAUAAAAAUACAAAAAUUAGCCGGGCGUGGUGGCGUGCACCUGUAGUCCUAGCUACUAGGGAGACUGAAGCAGGAGAAUUGCUUGAAUCCGGGAGCCGGAGGUUGCGCUGCGCUGAGAUCAUGCCACUGCACUUCAGCCUGCCAAUAGAGCGAGACUCCGCUCAAAAAAAAAAAAAAAAAAAGCACUGAAGAAAAUACCACACAGCAAAGGAAAACUUAUUUUCUGCAAGGUGUCUUUUCAAAGAUAGAAUGUUUGAAGCAUGUUUCCUGGAGAUUGUGUGGAUGAGGGUGAGCUGGCUGAGGCAUCGUUCAAGCUGGGGGGUGUAAGAAGCACGUGCAGCCACAAGAGGCACCUCCUAUAGUCAGCUAAGGGCUUCCCUUUCUGCGCCCAGCUUUUGGGUGAAGGGUGAUUUCUGUUAGACAAAUCUGUGCUUCAGUCAUAGAUGUUAAUAGAGGAAGCAAUUUUCCUGCUGCAGAUCCCUGAAUAGAGUUGCUGAAACAGUCUAGUUCCGGACUUAGGGGAGUUCGAAGGCCAGUCUGUAGAAAGGCUGAGGCAACGGGGAAAGACUUGACAACUAGUUACAUAUGCUGUGACAUGGGACCCCCAUGAUGGCUUCCAGUGACACAUGUGCUGAUAGAAUUCUAAACCUCUGGAAUUUCCCUGCUGGUUAAUUCUAUGGCCCUUGACUGUACAGGGUGACCUGAUACCAGAUGCUGUGGGCGUGAUGAGAACUAGAGAACUCGCAGUGUGGAGGAAGCUGUGUGAGGCACCAGACCCUGUGCUUCUGCAGGCCAUUUCCUGAAAACCCCUGUUAGAAAGGUUGGGUUUAGUGUGACUUGCUUGAGCAAGAGUCCUUGGGAGAGAUUUUGAGGUUUAAUUUAACGGUAUCUCCAGAGCUAACAGUGACUCCAUUCAGCUAGUUCCGCAAGUCAGAUGUAAACUUAGAGUCUCCGUUGUGAAGGGUUUGGGUCUGAGCUGUAUAGUACGUCCGUGGGUAAGCCCAGCCCUUCACCCUCUGAUAGAUACUCCUUUAAUUCACCAGACUUCAUGUUCGAUACAUUAUUAAUAGUUGAAAUUGUUUCUCUUCUUUUGUAUUUUCCCAGUUAAUAGAUGGCUACUGUUUCCACAAUGUUUUAUAUUUUCAGCUUUUUGUAACUUAAUUACUUAAUUUUAUUUUUUUAAAGCUUGUUGCGGUCUAAUGAGAAGUAUUUUUCAGUGCAUAAUGUUUUUCCGAGCUUCUGUUAAUGCCAUCCCAAUGUAGUUUUGUUUUGUUGAACAGAAACCAAAAUAAAUUUCAAAAUGUUAAAGCAA